UCCCCGCGUCUCACGGCCGCGGCGGGGUGCCGUGGCCGCCGGGCGUUUCCCUCGUGGCCUCGAGAGGGAAGGCGCUGCCUGAGGACGCUCCUGGCGGGGUGGGGGAAAAAACACCCGGGUUUUUGCCAAGGUGCUUCCAGUAUGAGGAAAGCAUUUGUGAAAUAGUGACGGAGCCUGUUUUUUCCCCUCUCAAGAGUGAAAAAGAGUUCAUCUAUCUUGGAUCCCACAUCGGCAUCCAGUGACUAUGUUGAAGAGGUUACUGAGCGGGUGGUGGAGAAUUCAAAUAUGCGCCUAUGCUGAAAGAGUGGAAGCAAUGGAUCAGACUGCAGCCUGGCCAAACAAACUGCUGUAUCUACUGCGUUUCUAAAAGCAAGGUGCUUCUGGUUUGGCAGCAGAUGCCGCAGAGAUGUAGAGCUGAAGGAAUUUUUAGGAUUUGCCAAAAUACAAGGGGAACUCAUUGAGGACAUCAAAACUGGGAUGACCCUGUCUUCUGUCUUCAGUGAUGCCUUGCUUCACGUGCAUCCUUUGUAUGCUAUGCUGUUUCUAAACAGUAGAAACACUAGUAAUAAAAAUUCAGCAAGGUGGAUUGGCUGAUCAGGUGCAUUUCUCUUUUGGAAGAGAUGGUCCUGGUCAUGAAACUUCUGUUCCUCACCUGCCUGUGGCCAACAGCAGUGCUACACAGUUUUCAAAGUCAGCAUCACCAUUCUCAUCAUCGGCAACAAUUCUCAUUCUUAAAAAAGCAUAACAGUAAACAAGAAAUUAAAAUGAAGAAACUUGACAACACAAAAAUACGGUCACUUAAAUCUGAGCAGCUUCUUCGCAUAGAGGACCAUGACUUUGCACUGAGACCUGGAUUUGGAGGGUCGCCAAUACCUGUGGGCAUUGAUGUGCAGAUAGAAAGCAUUGACAGCAUAUCUGAAGUUGACAUGGACUUCACAAUGACUUUGUAUCUCAGACAUUACUGGAAGGAUGAGAGACUUUCAUUUCAUAGUAACAAAAACAAAAGUAUGACUUUUGAUGGAAGACUGAUAAAAAAGAUCUGGGUACCUGAUGUAUUUUUUGUACACUCCAAAAGAUCCUUCAUCCAUGAUACAACUGUGGAAAACGUCAUGCUCCGAGUAUACCCUGAUGGCAAUGUACUCUUCAGUCUACGAAUAACAGUUUCUGCUAUGUGUUUCAUGGAUUUCAGUAGGUUUCCUCUGGAUACUCAGAACUGUUCUCUACAACUGGAAAGCUAUGCAUACAAUGAAGAUGAUUUGAUGUUAUACUGGAAACAUGGAAACAAGUCCCUGAACACAGAUGAGCACAUCUCCCUAUCCCAGUUUUUCAUCGAAGAAUUCAGUGCUUCCAGUGGACUAGCUUUUUACAGCAGUACUGGUUGGUACAAUCGACUUUUUAUAAACUUUGCACUCCGGAGACAUAUCUUCUUUUUUGUGCUACAAUCCUAUUUCCCAGCCAUGCUGAUGGUGAUGCUGUCAUGGGUUUCAUUUUGGAUUGACAGAAGAGCUGUUCCUGCCAGGGUAUCUUUAGGUAUAACUACAGUGCUGACAAUGUCAACCAUCAUGACAGGAGUAAGUGCCUCAAUGCCUCAAGUGUCUUACAUAAAGGCUGUGGAUGUGUAUUUAUGGAUCAGCUUCCUUUUUGUCUUCCUGUCUGUCAUCGAAUAUGCAGCAGUGAACUAUCUCACCACAAUUGAAGAGAGAAAGCAACUCAAAAAAAGGGGCAAGGAUUCAGGAACGUAUAGUAUUGAUGCAGUGCAAGCAAUGGCUUUCGACGGCUGCUUUCAUGACACGGAUGUGGACAUGGACCUGACUGAUUUCUCAGACCGCUGUGAGGAGAAUGAGACUCAGGCACAUGCAGCCAGUGACUCUGAUGGGGACACAACUCAAGUCAAGAGGAAGAGAUCUCUGAAGGGAAACGUGGGAAGGAUUAUUUUACAGAACAAUCAUGUUAUUGACACAUACUCCAGGAUUAUAUUUCCCAGUGUGUAUAUUGUGUUCAACUUUUUUUACUGGGGUUUGUACAUAUGAACAAAAACUAUUAUAAGGUAGACAUUAUUUUGUGUAUGAGGGUAGUGUUGUGAUUUAAAAAUCAUGCAACAGCAGUAGAGGAAAGGGUUAAAAGUUUCCAAAACUGACUUCUGCAUCAUACCAAGGCUGGUUUGCCUGUUUGGGGUUAGGGUUUUUUUUUGUUUGUUUGUUUGUUUUGUUUUGUUUUGUUUUGUUUUUCCAGUUGUAUUAUGCAAUGGUUCAUUGGGGCAAUCUAAUGCACGUGCUGCUACUGCAGUAGCAUAGAGCAGUUUUCUCACUGAGAGACCCCUUUGUCACACAACUAAACAGACAGCAGCUCCCACUUGAGGUAUUAUCCAGUCUCUAUCUACACUAUAACCAUUCCGCUUUAAUCAGCCUUUCUGUUUGCUCUCCACUUGUGGUCCAUUUUAGUAAGCAGCUGGCACGAAUCACCUUCAAAUAGCUCCUAUCCUUAUUUCUCUCACCGCAUUUUGAUUUUGCUAGGCAACUUGUACACACCUCAGCAGCCUUUGUCCUCGGAUGGUAACCAGAGGGGAAGUGAUUACGGCUUAGCAGUGGAGUAGGGACCAGCAGGGAGCAAAGCUGAUGGGGCUCUGUACAUUGUGCAUCAUGAAGACCUCAAGAAAAACCUUCACCCUGUCAGCUGUCCCUGACUUUCUGCAGGACAUUGGGAAGGGCCUCUAUCUUGGAGAAAUCUUGCUCACUAGUCCCUGAGGCAUUACAGGAACAAUGUCCCAGAGCUGAUGCACUCCUGAUGCACUCCGUGCCCUACAGCCACCUCCCAGGUGGAUGACUAGUGUCACCUGCACAAGCUGUGCCACUCCUGUGACACCCAUACCACCUACGUGCCUCAUGUAGACCUGCUGUAGUCACCUGCUUUCUGCAUAACCUUUCAUUUCAGAAAUACAGGCUUUGAGGCAGAGAUUUUUAAAAAAUUUGUCAAGAAAACAGACCAUGUCUUCAGCAGAAUCUUGUUCUUCUGCUUUAUGCUGCAUACAUGAGCUUGGGGUUUUGCCCCCCUCCCUCUCCUCUUGGCUUUUGAGAUUGGAAAGAGAAGUGAGAAGCUACGUAUGCCUGCUUGCAGCAGUGAUCCCCAGCACAGCUCAAGGUGCCACACUGAGGCACACAGGCAGUAAGAGGAAGCAGCUGUGACAAAACAGAACCACAUACAGGAGUCCUGCCUGUCCCAGAUGAAUCCUGCAUGGAAAUAUCCUUAGGUUGAAGCGAAGGAGGUUGAAUUAAGGAUGUUCAGGGACACACACAAAGUUUUCACAGCUCCAGAAAAGAAUCAAGAUUAUAUUUGUGACUUUCCCAAAUAAGGAGCAUUUUUCACUUAAAUUCCUUGGGUUUUUCCAUAAUUCAAUGAACAAAGUCAGUUCAAAAUGAUAAUUUUUGGAGGCAAAAAAUGUCACAAGGUAGAUGCUUGGUCACUGCUUGGUCAAGAUUAGGAAAUGGGAAUAAAUUUGGAAGCCUGAACCACUUUCUGGUUUAUUUGAUUUUUCUGCUCCAAUAUUGUUUGCUCAUAGCUUGAUGAUGUCUCUUACUCUUUCAAAAAGCUGCAUUUGUCAAGCUUCCAAUUACAGAGCGGGAGAAGCUGGUGACACACUGCAUGCCGGGUGACUGAAAUCUGAUGGAGCAAGUGGGUACUUUGGCAGUCAGUUCGCUGCCAAACACAUGAUCAGAGCUAAGACAGCUUUGACACUCUUCCAGGAAAUCCUGCCAUGGAAAGCAGAACUGUACCAGGAAUGACAGUGCUGGGAACAUAAAGCCAAAGGACACAUAGGCUUUGGCAACAGCAACAGCGCACUAGACCUCAAGCUGAGCAAAUGCCUAAUAUAGAUAUAUAAAAAAAAUUCCACGACGUCCUCAUUACUGCACUGCCAUUAUGGAGGCAUCCUGCACAGACGUUCCAGAUUGCCUGAGAAGAUCCCAUCUAAUUGCUCCAGAUGUGUAAUGUGUGUCCUAAACUUUUCACAUGAAUUCACAUAAUUGUUUUUGCAUAAUUUUUUUAAACUGCCUUACAAGAAGACAUAUUUGUUGUGUAGCCAACAGCAGAUCCUCUGCCUCCAACAGAAAAAAUAUCCAUGUGCUUCUUGACCCAAACUGGUUCCCUCUUCUAAAUUUCUUAUAGGAUCUGCAGCAGCAAAAAUCCCUGCAGCGCAGCACGGCCGUGCCGUGUGAAGGCUGUCCACCAAACAGGCCCGCACAGGGAAGUUUGCAGGAAAAGAGAUUCCGGCCUGCUCUUACCUUCUGGGCACAAUCUCUACAGGUGCCCGAAAGCUGCACUGCUUGCUUUGACAGAGGAAACUGUCAGUGACUUUGCAACUGACUGUAACGAUUGGGAAAGUGUUCUCCCCAGAGAGACUACUAUGUAGCAAGUUUUAUUAUGAUAAUGAAAAAGAUUGCACUUAAUGAUGGUGAAACUUAACUGCAUGCUUUUACAGGCAAGCUUAUAAUUUCUAUCUUCUUAAUUUAGUGACAGGGAUGGGAUCAAGCUCAAUUAUACUUCAAAAAUCUACUGCUUGUAUAAAUAGUAAAAAAUAAUAAACAGUAUUUAAAUACAUUUCUUGUUUAGAGUGCGCUAGAGGGCUAAAACUCACAGGACCCUCAUUUGAAGCUUGUGUUGUCUCCCAGAAGUCAAUUUCUCUAAACAGACCAGCAUGGAAGUUUUUAAAAAAGUAUUGACAAGC